AUUCUAUAACCCUCAUUGCAAGAUACUAAUCCUCAUCCCAAUCACCAAUCCACCAGAAUGGCCCCAAUCCACCGCGUAGCCGUAAUUCAAUGGCACAUCAAAGACCUCGCCAUGGACGAAAACCACGAAAAGGCAUGCACCUACAUCCGCGAAGCAGCCUCCCAAGGUGCCCAACUAGCCGUUCUCCCUGAAUAUCAUCUAAACGCCUUCCCCCCCACAAACCCCCUUUACCUACCCCAAACCAACCCCCAAAUAACCACCAAAUACCUCCAAUCCUACCAAUCCCUCGCCAAGGACCUCAACAUCUGCAUCGUCCCCGGCACAAUCGUCGAAAACCACUCCUCCACCUCACCAACCCCGACAGACCCCAUCCUCUACAACACAGCCUACUUCAUCUCCAACGACGGCACGAUUCUCUCCUCCUACCGGAAAAAGAAUAUCUGGCACCCAGAACGCCCAUACCUGACUUCUUCGGCGUCCGAUCCGCACGAGGUCUUCGAUACACCCAUCGGCAAGGUCGGAUUGCUUAUAUGUUGGGAUUUAGCGUUCCCAGAAGCGUUUAGGGAGUUGAUUGCUGCUGGGGCCGAAUUGGUGAUUGUUCCUACGUUUUGGACUCAAAAUGACGCCUCACCGGCGCUUCGGGCGAAGAAUCCUGACUGCGAGAAGCUAUUUCUAGAGACGGUGCUUACGGCGAGGUGUUUCGAGAAUACGUGUGGGGUUGUGUUUGCGAAUGCGGCGGGGGAGACGGAGGGAGAUGGGUUUCUGGGAUUGUCGAGGGUGACGAUGCCUGGGGUGGGUGUUGUAGGGUCUCUUGGGUGGGAGGAAGGGGUUUGUGUGGUGGAUGUUGAUAUGGGGUUGGUUCGGGAUGCUGAGGAGAAUUAUCGCGUGAGGGAGGAUUUGGCUAGGGAGGGGUGGUAUUAUUCUUAUCGGCAUCAGGGGAGGGAUUAG